ACAGCAGGAAACAGUGCAUCCUGAAUGUUGUAGCAUAGCUGUGAAGCCUCCUGCUCUCUUAUUUCAGCUUCCUCUCGACUGAGGCGUAGUUUAUACAGACACAUUUGCUGCAUAUUCUUGCUUAGCAGCACCACCUCGUCCAAUUUCCAGCCUUAGAUGGAUACAUACCUUUGGCUGUAGAGGAGCAGACUGUUGGGCUGUCCGGUGAAGCAAACCCGCCAUGCGUGAAUACAAGCUCGUGGUGUUAGGCUCUGGAGGUGUGGGCAAGUCCGCUCUGACAGUUCAGUUUGUACAGGGAAUCUUUGUGGAAAAAUAUGACCCUACAAUAGAAGACUCGUACAGAAAGCAAGUGGAGGUAGAUGGGCAGCAAUGUAUGCUUGAAAUUCUCGACACAGCAGGCACAGAGCAGUUCACGGCGAUGAGGGACCUGUACAUGAAGAACGGCCAAGGCUUCGCCCUGGUAUACUCCAUCACAGCACAGUCCACCUUCAACGACCUGCAGGACCUGAGAGAACAGAUUCUACGAGUAAAGGACACAGAGGAUGUGCCGAUGAUCUUGGUGGGGAACAAGUGCGACUUGGAGGAUGAGCGUGUGGUGGGGAAGGAGCAGGGCCAGAACCUGGCCAGACAGUGGAACCACUGUGCCUUUUUAGAGUCCUCUGCUAAGUCAAAGAUCAACGUGCUCGAUAUCUUCUAUGACCUGGUCAGACAGAUAAAUAGGAAAACGCCAGUGGAAAAGAAGAAGGCGAAAAAGAAAUCCAACUGUGUCCUGCUUUAAAAGACCCCCUCCAGCCCCUGCAGCAGCUCUGAGCCAGAAAUGCUGUAAUGAAGAACUGUUGCUCUGAUUGGAACGUGCCAGCAUUCCAACAGCAUCCCCCCUCCCACCCACUCCCCCCCCCCCCCCCCCCCCCCCCCACC